AUGAACUAUGGACGGCUCGUUAUCGACAGAAUAUCUGAUUACCAUGGAAUAUCAGAAGAGGUUAAUUAUUGGAUUAAAAAUGGGUGUAUGUCUAUAAAUCAAUAUUUGAUCUACGGAAAACUACCUAGGGAAAGCAGUUCGGAGUUAUUUUUGGCCACUAAUAUACUAGAUAAUUCGAAUGUAAUUUUAAAGGCAUAUCACAUAGAGACUUCUCGUAGAAAAGAUGGUUCUAGAUUUUUUAGAGAAGAUGUGCAAGUAGUCUCAUCUUUUGACAAGGUUGUAGAUGAAAUUAUUAUACUUGCCUCAUGUAACAAUAUUAAAGGGGUUAUACAGAUACUGGAGACUUUGCAUGAUACAAAAUUUAAUAUAAUUUAUUUAAUAAUGCCAUAUUAUCCAACUCAGCUUCUAUGGUGGAAUCCUUAUGGCGAAUAUUACGAGCUAACAGAUAUUAACUUUAAGGAUUCUGUGCGAGAUGAAAAUGUGAUAUUAUUUAAUGAAAAAUAUGCAAAACGGAUUAUAAAGGAGAUUGUUCAAACAAUACAUUCGUUACAUAAACUUGGAAUCGUGCAUAAGGACAUCAAACCUGAGAAUAUCCUAAUCAAAAAACUAUUGAAUUCGGAUUCAAUUGAAAAAGUAAAGAUUCCAUCUAAGACCAAUUACAAGUAUUCUCACCAAUUGGAGCCUUUGGAUCUCUUUCUCUGGCAAGAUUCUGUUAAAAUUAAUGAUGGAAAUGAAGCUCUAAAAUACGCAAAAAAUUGUAUGGAUAAAUCAAAUAAAAAUAAAAUACCCUUAUUAAAAGCACUUGAAAAUUUAAAUUACAAGUACAAUCCGUCUAUAUGGAAUUCACAUCCGUGCACGAAAAAAAAUGAACAACUCAGAAAUCCAAAUACUGAUUAUAUAAUAAUAACAGAUUUCGGGUGUUCAUCUAUCUCCGAACCAUCUGAUGAUAAUUUAUCAAUUUUUGACUCAGAUGGGACACCCGCUUUCACUGGCCCUGAGUGCAUAGAACUUAUUGACGAAUCUAAAGGAAUAAAUGGCGAAUCUCGUGAUAUAUAUUCUAUAGGAGUAACUUUGUUCGUCAUGCUAUAUGGCGUUUUGCCCUUUAGCGGCAAUUCUGGAAUCCAGGUCUUUAUAAAUAUGUCGGAUACGAAAUUUAAAGUCCCAUUUCACACGUUUAGGAAUACAAGCGAUUCUGUUAAAGAUUUAUUGGAAAAAAUGCUAAUUAGGGACUAUAAAAAGAGAAUAACAUGCCAAGAAGUUUUAAACCACCCUUGGCUAAAAGAUAUCAAUUAA